UUGGGUGGAGAACGAUAUUAUAUGCUGAAUAGAAUUCUUAUGUCGUGUCUCGGUCUGUGGCCUGAUGACAUUUCAACUUUCAAGAAAGUACAAAUAAUGUUUUAUCAAACGUUAUUCAUAUCCUUCCUAAUAUGUCAGUGCAUUCCAUUGUUUAUAAAACAGAACAGCAUCAAGUAUAUUCUUAAAGUGUUGUCGCAAAUUGUUUUGACUUUUAUAUAUAUUCUAUUGUACAACACAUGUCUACUACUCGGCGAUACCAUCAAAUAUAUCUUUGACAGAGUUCGAUACGAUUGGAAUAUGUUAAAAGCUCAUGCAGAUUUGGAAAUUUUACAAAAAUAUGCAAACGAAGCAAAAUUCCAAACGAUCUUUAUUUUUCUUUCGAGUAAUAUUUAUUCAUUGGUAAUAGUCAUAAUAAGUUAUUCCCCCCGUGUACUUGAUAUAUUUACACCACUGAAUGAAUCACGAUCGCUCCAAAUAUUAUAUACUGUGGAAUACUUUGUCGACGAAGAAACAUACUUUUUCGCUAUUUUGAUGCAUAUGGUCUUAGUUGCUUAUGCUGGAGGCAUGGCAGCAACUGCUAUCGCAACAGUACUCCUAAUAUACAUUUCGCACACUUGCGCUUUGUUUAAAAUCGCCAGCUAUCAAAUGGAACACGUAUGUACAAGUGACAAAAAUGUACAAUUAAUACCAAAGGACAUUAAACAGUCAAUGCUUUACAACAAUUUAAUUCAUGCUGUAUAUGUUCAUCGUCGAGCUAUGGAUUCUGCUAAUAAUAUAACAAACAGUUUUUCGAUGUUCUUUAUCGUGCUAUUAGUAUGUUGUGUGGCUAUAAUGAGUCUCAGUUUCUGCAAUGUAAUUAAUGCAGUGACAUCCGGGGAAAAAUUAGAUGUAGUUACAAACAGUGCAAUGAUAUUUGGAGUAAUGUAUUGUAUUUUUCUGGGAAAUUAUGUUGGUCAGAACAUUAUAGAUAGCAGCACUGCCAUUUCUCAAGCGACAUACAAUGCACAGUGGUACACUGCGCCAAUAUGUAUGCAAAAAUUAAUAAUACUCAUAAUACAAAGAAGUAACAAACAGAGUUCUUUGACAAUUGGAGCUUUAUUUGACGUGUCGUUAGAAGGUUUUGCUACGCUUCUAAGUAUGUCCAUAUCCUACGUUAUGGUUCUUCAAUCUAUGGGAACACUCACCGAAAGCGAAAAGAAGUAAUAAUUACGUAUUAGGUAUUCGAGUUGUAGGACUAGGAUAUGUACAGUACAUUUUACAUGUACUUUUCUACAUAUUCAUUAAUAAAUUAAAUCAAACCAAAUAAUAAUGUAAUACAUUUUUGUGAAAUUAUUGCUAUUGUGUCAUAGAUUAAGACAUGUUUUUGGAUUACUUUUUAUCUUCCUUUUCCAUUAUUAACAAUAAUAUCAACUUAUCAUAUCUUCUCAAUGUAAUUUCCCUUUUUCGGUGCAGAUAUUUAAUAUAAUUUAUUUUCAAUAUUUUUUUCAAUAUAACAUAAUAUGAUGAAGCGUUAAAUAUGUAAUGCUUACAAUUUAAUGUCGCCCACAUGAUUUAACAUUUCAAUAGCCUGAGUGAAAAUAAAGACUCACUAGCCAACCUCGAGGGAAACUCAACAAGGCGUCCGCGUGAGAAGAGAAUAUUUCGGAAGAGGAAAAACUACUUCCUGAGAAAUAGGGCCCAAUCUGGGUCACUCUAACCAAACCUCACAUCUCCUAUAGAGAGCGCAAGCUUGACUAACAUUUUUGCAAAGCGCAUUCGGGCAUGAAAAAUUAAUCCAAAAAAACUGUAAACCGACAAAUAUAAGUUGUUUCAAAAGUUUCGUCGACUUCUUUUCCAGCGAACUUGCGGAACCAGAGAGCUUUCAAAUUGGUGACGUGAUAUACAGGGUGAGUCACAACAUUUGUGACAACGCUCGU